CUGGCAAGCCGGUCAAAAUAAAACUAGUCGAGGUAAACCAAAAUCAGAAUCAUUCCGGUUGUGACUUGUGAGUAUUCCAGAGAUAGAUCAGUUUCUCCCCGUUCAUUGUCGAGUGUGCAGUAAACGCAUUGUUGUAAUAAUAGUUACAUAUUCAUCUAACGGACUUAUUCAACAAAUAUAGUAUACUAAUUAACUGAAUAUACUAAUUUAGCUAUUACGGAUCACUGCGCAUCAAUCAUCAAUAUGCUGAAACUAUUCUUCGUCACCGCUAUUUUGACGGCAGUGGUGAAGUCCGAGGAUGGAUUUGAUGGAGUCGACUGGAUCUGUCCAUCAAUCAAUCAAUGGGGAAACUGUAGUUUCCCGCCUAAUAUUCCACAAUUAUUAAGAAUGAUGGAGGGUGACAGCAAUACUAACAGAUAUUCUGACAUAUACUACUGCCCAUACAAUAUCGCGAAACGGCACUCCAUGUGUAUACAUACGUUCUAUCUAAGCUGUUCUGAGCAUUUGACGACUGGAGAUAGAACUUCCUUCUCGGCGAAUUUGCCAAAACUUGACGAGCCGUCUUUCUGCGCCACUGACCGGGCUUACAAGAAAGAAUUCAUAGAACACAUGGCUUGUAUAAAAGUACUGGUACAAUCCAAUGAUCAAAAUAUAGAAGUACCGUUCAAGCAGUUGCAGCAGUAUCUGGAACAGGACAUGUUGAAAUACGAUCGGAUGAAACUGGAGGAGCUGAAAAGUGAUACGAUAGACGGCAUUGGAAUCCUGCAUGAUAGGUUUGACCAAAUGAAAUGCCAAUAUCUCAAACAGUAUAUGCAGUUACAGUACACGCAAAUACGUUCAGUAUGCGGAUCGAAGACAGAAAAGUUUUUCCGCCAACUGUCAAGCAACACAUGGCCCAUGUCAUUGAUACCGAAAAAUUGUGAAAGCAAUUUAUUACACUACAAAUCAUGACGCGUUAUUCAGUCAUAAUCAAAUAAAUCAAAAAUAUCGGCUCAUCAACGGCGACUGCAAGCCACUGCUUUUUAAAUUUAUAUAAUUGCGUUAUCGUUUAUUAAUUUACAUUUACAAUUUACGUUUAUAAAUUAACUCGAAUUUUAAUAUACCUAUUUUUUUUCCAAUUUGUUUUUGAUGCACUUAAUAAAAUAAUAUAAUACACCUG